AAGAGCAAACUCCAGGUCCCUUGUUUUCCCAAGCUUGUUUCUUUAACCAGAGAGCUCCGAUGGCUGCUCCUAAGCCUCCUAUGUUCUUCUCUACCAUUACUGUUACUCUACUGAUCCUGUUCCAAGCUACCCCACAUGGAGUUCAAGGUCUCAUUUUAACCCUAGUCAACAACUGUCCCUUCACCGUCUACCCAGCUAUCCAGCCCAACUCCGGCCACCCAGUCCUCGAGAAAGGAGGCUUUCCCCUCCCCACUCUCACCCACCGCUCCUUCCCAGCCCCUAAUCAGCACUGGUCAGGAAGGAUCUGGGCUCGCACUGACUGCACACACGCCAACGGCAAGUUCUACUGCGCAACAGGGGAUUGCAACCACCAACUAGAGUGCAAUGGUCUCGGUGGCGCCAGCCCAGCUACUCUCGCGCAGUUCAGCCUCCACCAUGGUCACAAAGACUUCUCCUCCUACGGUGUCUCUCUCGUUGAUGGGUUCAACGUCCCCAUGACAAUAACCCCACACGAAGGCACAGGAGUGUGUCCAGUUGUCGGAUGCAGGGCGAAUCUACUAGCAACGUGCCCGGAGAAGCUGCAGUUGAGGUACCCGGCGGGUCAUGGUCGCGUGGUUGCGUGUAAGAGUGGGUGCGAGGCGUUUGGGACGGACGAGCUGUGUUGCAGGAACCAUUACAAUAGCCCACAGACGUGUAGGGCGUCGAGUUUCUCAGAGUUUUUCAAGCACGCAUGUCCUGCCACGUUCACUUACGCCCAUGACAGUCCUUCUCUUAUGCAUGAGUGCUCGUCGCCACGUGAGCUUAAAGUUAUAUUCUGCCACUAAAGCAUCCUGGUAUUUAAUGUUAAUAAUUAACGGUUUUAUUGGUGGCUUUUGUCUGCUAUGGAAGUGUUUUGAGAGUUAAGAACAAGUGUGUGUUUGUCUGAGAGAGGGAGGAGAUUGAUGUGGUAAUUAAUGUAAUGUUUGGGAUUCUAUUUAAUCACUGCAUGUUUAAGUUUUUAAAUAACCACUUCUUGUUUGUUUUUAUCA